AUCCCCGCCUCUUUCUGCAUAAAGCUGCAAUCAUUAUUGUAAUUAGUUUAUCUUGGUUACCUGUAGAAGCAAUAUGUCGGAGGGUCCAUCGGGAAAAAAAGGCAAUGAGCCUAGCAUUGCAAGUCCAAAAGUUCAGCCCUAUGAGGGACAUGGGCCUCCACCUCAGUACUCGGGACAUUCUGGUCCCGUCACCACUCAGCCAGGGCCUGCACAACCUUACGGUUACCAUACCACCAACACCACCGUAGUUGUACAGCAACAGGCCCCGACUCGACCCCCAAAACGGGACUGGAGCACAGGAAUAUGUGGUUGUUUUGAAGAUUUCGGAUCCUGCUGUGCCGUGUUCUUUUGUCCACAGUUCUACAUGUGUUACCUCUCCAGUAAGUUGGGGGAGUCCUGCUGUCUGCCGUGUGCAAUCGCUGGAACAGGUGCACUGAUUCCCCUCCGAACCAAAAUCCGUGCCGAGAACAACAUCCAUGGAAGUAUUUGUGACGACUGCUGCAUGGUCUGCUGGUGUCCGCAGUGUGUCAUGUGUCAGUUGUCACGUGAAUAUGAUAACAUCCAGCUGAACCGUACUCACUAACAGUUAACCGUUAUUGCUGUUACAGCACAAAAAAAUGGUGUUUUGUUGUGAAACAUUAUUAUCCUGUGAUACUUUAUUUUUAAAUUUAUGCGAAAUGUAUCGUAUAUCUGUUGUUGUUGUUUUUUUAAUAUGUCCUUUCCAUUGCAGGAAUUAUAUUAUACAAAUAUUCUAUAUUAUACAUAUUAUAGAGUGUAUUCAUAUUCAUCCAGUAGAGACCAAACAAAUGCCUUCUGUGGAGAAAUUUCUUUAAAUUUUCUAGAAUAAUAAUUAUUCUUAUGUUUUGGGGUUUUUAAAAAAAUGAAAGCAACUUUUAGAUUUCUUAGCAAUCAUAAUAUUUUUUACAGAAGUUAAUUUUAGGGGGUGGGGUAAGAAAGAAAGAAAACAUACUAGAAAACCCCUAAAAUAUAAGAACAAUUCUCCUUCUUUUCAAGUUUUUUUAUACAUGUAUUUCUUAUUUAAGUCGAUUUAGAUUUAAUAAAAUAAUAAUUGGUCCUUUUUUUUUUUAAAUGUCUCUGUUUUAAAAAGGAUACGUUUGACAGUUUUUCUUUUCAAAAUUCAUUAUUUUUUUCAAAGCACUUUUGAAACAGGUAGUUCUCAUUCAAACUAAGGCUACCUAGAGAAAAUUCAUUGCACGAAUAGCAUGGUAUGAUGAGACCUUGAAUGUCAAGAAAGUUUUCUGGUCCUUCAAAUCUGAAAACAUUGUUCGAAAAAUCCUUUUGUAUAAACCCAGGAAGCAGUAAGUCGUGUAAACUGAAGUGCUUUACCUGUUUUACUUUGUACAGAAAUUGCAUACAUUGCACAAGAAAUAAAGUUUGUAAACAAUUUUA